CAGGGGCGACUAAGGACUCCACGAACCACUCUGCUCCCAGUUUUGACCCGGAAAUUUUGGCCGGAGGAGUAGUACGUGAAAGGGUGUGUCAGUGCCGUCCGUCCGCCCGUCCGUCCAUAAGUCCAUUCCGUCCGUCUGUGACUGUGUUGUGUAGGAACUUUUGUAUAGUUGUGCUGAGGACUUGCGGCGGAUUAUGCUUGGAUAAUACGGUGUUUUGCGAGGAGAGCGAGGAGGGUGAGAGAGAGGGAGAGAGAGUGUUGGGGUGAGAAAAGGCAAACGUCAUGAACGGGGUCGGGAACGGCUACUACCGCGACGACCACUGGGACGACGACGUCUCCCGCACGUCCAGCUUUCAGUACCAGGAACGGAGCCAGUAUGAAGGAUGGGAGUCAGAUUACCACAGUGGCUACAGUUCGGCAUACGACAGAGACCGGAUGUCGCCCUAUAGAUCAGAUCACCGUGGCCAUUCCACGGCCAGCAAUGGUUAUUCAUCAGAUAAUGGAUCCGUCGGGAGUGCCGAGGAUGGUCCGACCUACGUCCUGGAGCACCUGGCCACCUUCAGAGUGUCACCAGAAUCAGACCUCGUAUAUCCCGCAGAUGGGAUGCGACGUCUUCUACACAUGGAGAAAACCUCAGGAAUCUGGACGCAAAAGAUGAUGUUGCGGCUAGACAAGAAAUGGGUUUGCAUACAGUCACACGAAAAUGGGGACACUGUGGAAAAGUUCCCUAUGGAGUUGAUAAGGGAGCCAACAGCAUUUACAAGUGAAGACCCAAAAGAGCUGUACAACAACAUUUUCAUCUUCAUUGUGGCAGAGGAUCCUAAGCGUAACUACCAAAACCCAACAGAAAUGCACAUUUUCCAGUGCUUACGAAUUAGCGCCAAAGAUGUGGUGGAAGACAUGAAGCUUUUCAUGUCUGGCAAGGGAGUGCCUGGGCGAGGGCGAGCAGCCAGAGCCGGGCGUGGAGAGCACAUCCCACCUCCCCCUCAGGAGCCAGCGCCUGAACCUCCACUUGGAAUGAAUGGAUAUCGAGCAGACUUCUCGGACAGCGAAGUGCGCGGCGAGGCCCGUGGUCCUCGGUCUGAGAGGUCGAGCGUCAGCCACAAUGACGACGUCUCGAGCACCAGCAGCGAGAAGUACGAGCGGGACGUGGCCAUCCUCAACUCCUGCUUCGACGACAUCGAGCGCUUCAUCGCCCGGCUGCAGCACACCGCCGCCGCCACGAGGGAGCUCGAGCGCCGUAGGAGGUCCCGAAAGUCCAAGAAGAAAGACAUUGGUGAUGGCCUGCUGUCAAUGCGUGCCAAGCCUCCACCAGAGAGGGAGUUUGUUGAUAUCUUCCAAAAAUUCAAGCUGUCAUUUAACUUACUGGCAAAGCUGAAGUCCCACAUUCAUGACCCAAAUGCCCCAGAACUUGUACAUUUCCUAUUUACUCCACUGGCACUUAUUGUUGAUGCUUCACGCGACUCAAACUACGGGCCGAACCUGCCUGCUAAGGUCCUGUCUCCCCUGUUGACCGCUGAUGCUAUUGACCUCCUCACCAACUGCCUCACAUCACGAGAGACAGAAUUAUGGCAGAACCUGGGAGAGGCUUGGUGUGUCCCUCGAAGCAUGUGGAAGUACAAUGUUCCACCUUAUCAGCCAGUAUUCUCAAGUGGCUGGGCACCUGAACUCUCGGAGAGUGAGCGGCACUCAGAGGUGGUUUCAGAUGGAAAAAGGAACAGAGAGGUCCGUCCGCGAAGUGAGGAGUAUGGCAGCGACUUCUAUGAUUCUGACCGACGAGAAGCAUCACCCCCACCACCAGGUCGUUACUAUGGACGUGAUGAGAGGCCACGGUCAAUGACGCCUCCCUCAGAAUAUCCUCAAGCAGGGAGAAGUGACAUUUCCCAAGACUCCAUGGAUCAGCCUACUUUUGAAAAGCAUCAGCGGCAGUGGCUCAAUGACCUCAAGUCACGCGGGGCUAAAAUUGUACAGGUGACAUACCCACGCACCGCCAAUAACGACAAAGAACUCACAGUUGUUCGUGGCGAAUAUUUGGAGGUGCUGGAUGACAGUCGCAAGUGGUGGAAGGCAGUAAAUGCACGGGGACAAGUUGCUCAUGUCCCACACACAAUAGUGACCCCAUAUGCCGCUGACCAGGAUGGUAAGGAAGAUUACCGUGCUGGUGCUCAACGGAAUGCCCCACCACCCGUCUGGAAGGGCAAGAAAGGGUAUGGCUCCAAUGAAUCGAGUGACGAAGAUGCUGCAGGUUCACGUAAGAAGAACAGUACAAUCCCUGCUCCCCCUCCCCCUCCACCCCCAGACUUUACCCCAAGUAACUCAGUGGCUAAGAGAACUCCUAAGCCUAGACCCAAUAAUGCAAACCAGAUGUAUGCUACGACGAAAUCUAAUGUGGACAUGAUGAAUGAGGAACUGAAGCUGGUGCUGGAGUCAUUCCGCCGACAGAGGCCACAUCUAGAUAUUCAGAAGACACCCGAUGUUUACAUAUACCAAAGUUCAACCCCACAAGAAGUGCAAAAAUGGCUUGAGAUGAAGGGCUUUUCCAAAAGAAUUCGGAAACAGUUUGAGGGUGUUGAUGGAGAGAAACUGUUUGCACUGGACCGGGACCAACUUAUUUUGCAUUGUGGGAAGGCCGAGGGCAUUCGGUUAGACUCUCAGAUCACUAUACAGCGUAAUGUAACAGGGUACAAGACUGCACGUUCAUCAGAACUUCGGCAGAUUCUGGCUCAGAGAAGGAACAAAGUUGAAGCCGACAAGACUGAUGCAAAAGAAUCAAUCACAGAAGACUUUAGCUUCCUUAGAGACUAUGAUAAGACUGGUUAUCAAACUGAUUCAGAAUCAGAAGAUGAUGAUAUGGAGGUCCCAGGUGCCUCAGGUGGACAUGCUGGUACACUUAAAGAACAAAUUAAAAAGCAAAGAAAGAAGAUACAAAAUCAGGCCCUUGAUGAUAAGGCUUCUCGGUGAAUAGCUUCCUUCACACCAGUUGUAGAUUUUAAGUAAAGAGAAUUGAUGUAAUGAGUCUAUAUUAUUAGUCAGUCCUCAGACCAGUGAGUUUUUAUAGCCCAAGAUAUCUAAAGCUAUUUGGAAAUUUUAGGUUUACAGUCAUAUCAUAUAUGUAUAGUCUCAUUAACCAUCGAAUGUAUAAUUAUAUAUAUAUAUUCCAGUGAGGAUAUUUAACCCCUAAUGAUUUGUGUAAUAUAUUUCUAAGCAUCCAGAGUAUUUAAGACUAUAGAUAGUGUAUAUCCAUGGCCAUAUAUAGGAUAGUUUAUUGGCUUAGGUAUGUUCAAGAUAAUAUGUAGCAGAAGCUGUUGAAUUGUUAUUUUCAUUUUGUACGAUGUUAGGAACUGUUUGUGUUGUAGAAUUUGCAUGUAGCAACUACUGUUUGCUUUUGCUGGGAAAAUUCUUACAGCCUUUAUGGUAUGUAACAAUCACUCUUUUAAAAUAAAACUGUAUCAUUAAGUACAUUUGUAACGUGCAUGGAGGUCAGUAUGUUAUUUUUUAUGUGAUAUAUUCUUACUUUUUUGUAAUUACCUGUUGAUAUGUUCAUAAUUGUAUAAAUCUAAUAGAGUGAAAAAUAAUAUAUACUUCAGAUAUGAUAGAGAUAUAACGUUGGUAUUUUCUCCAGGAACUAUAGCAUUUAUGGUUAUGUAGAUGUAGUUAUGGUACAGCUAAUAUCUAUCAGUAUGGGAGCAUAAGUAAAAGUGUUUGUAGUAAAGGUUAUAUCAUAACAUUCAGUGGAGAUAGUAAGGAAAACAAAUAACUUUUUCAUUACUAUAAAGUCAUAUAUAUUGCUCAUAUUCAGUUCCAAAAAGUAAGCUGUACGUAUUACCUUAAAGGUUGUAGCUAAACUGCUUAUAGUCUUUUUAGGCAACAGCUAAUUGUUCCUGGACAUAUUUACUCAACAAUGCCAUAUAUUAGGAAAUUGAUUUUUAUGUUUAUGAAAAUGGAUUUUCAUUGUGAUGUGGAUUACAAGGAUAUAUUUCCUUUUUCCUCUUUCUAGUUACUGCGAAUGCAACGAAUUUAGAAUAUUAGUAAUGGAAACAUUGAAAAUGUUCUGUAGGGGAUGAGGAAGGACUGAAUGAUCUUUGUCUAUAAGAUCAUUUUGGCAGUCUGUUGACAAUAAUAAUAAUAAUAAUAAUAAUAAAAACAGUAGUAAAGUCAGUAUUUCCAAGUUCCAAAAGGGAUAUUUCAGUGGAAUUUUCCUCUCACCUUGAAUUCCUGUACUACUGCGAUUACCAUUAUGUCUUUUUAAAACUACAUGCAAUGUUAGUUUCUACUUUGGAUUCCUCUUUGUAAAGAGACACUUGAGGUGAAGGAGACCUAUACAUUCCACUAGAAUUUCUUAGCAAUAAUCAUGUAUGUAAGAUUUGUAAUUUCUCCAGGGAUAGAAUAAAAAGGCUUGCAGUUUGUUCGUGUAUUGUAACGUCUUUUCUAUGGGGCUUUUUGGUGCCAAGAUGUCUUUGAGUACUUAUGUGUCUCAGAUGCUGUAAAUAAUAUUAAAGAGUGAUUUAUUAA